AGAAUUCGGCGAGUGUGGACUCUGCUUUCUAGGAGCCGGGGGAACAGCUUCCACUGGAGUAACUGCGUUUCUUGGUCAGGACAAUGUCUGACCAGGAGGAAGAAGCUGAUUCUCAGAAUGCUGUUGACUCAUCAAAAGAAGGAGAGGAUGCUUUGGUGUCUGUCAAUAUUCCAGUUCCCUCGGAAGAGGUUCCCGAGUCAGAUCAAACUGAAGACUAUGAAUCUGAACUGGAUCUAUCUAGUGGAGGCCGUGAAAAACGCACUGAGGAGCUCAGUGACCAGAGCUUUUCAAGCCUGGAACCGAACGAUGUCGAGCAACUCAUGGACGACGUUAAGAUGGCUGAACGAGCUGAAGAUGGUGGAGGCUCUCCAACGAAGUCUGGGAGCGCAGUGCAGUCAGCCAGACCAUAUUCAAAAGCGUCUCUGACAUUUUUGGAAAAAGUGAAGGCUGUGAAGGAAUCUCUGAGAAUAACAACAAAAGAUUCUUUAGCAACAGUAAAAGUCAUACUUCUUCCUGUGGGCCAGGAAAUUGUAAUUCCCUUUAAAGUUGACACUGUUCUAAGAUGCCUGAAGGAUCAUUUUUCAUCCCUGUUAGGUGUCCCAGCUUUUGUCCUGCAGAUAAGAUGUGCAGGAACAGUUCUUAAAAAUCAUGAGACGCUACUACAACAUGGAAUUAAGCCCCAGGAUAUUGUGCAAGUGGAAAUGUUUUCUUUACAGCAAGAUCUAUACCCAAUCAGAAGAAUAGCUAGAUCAGCUGCAGCCUCUCAAAUCAUAACUGUCAGAGUACAAACUGGCAUUGAUCAGUACCAGGAAGUAGCUGUUGAGAUGAUAAAAUCUGAUUUUCACAAACCAUUUCUUGGUGGAUUCAGACAUAAAAUAACAGGAAUAGAAUAUCACAAUGCUGGAACACAAACUGUACCUAAAAAGAUUCCUGAAAAACUGAAUGCAUUUUGUAGGGAUACGCAGACAGUUUUUCAGAAAGGAAAGCUCCAGCAAACUACAAAUACAACGUCCACACAGAUGACUAAAAUUGGUGUGUAUGUAUCAAAUAUUACUGAUAAACUGGUAAAACCAGGAAAAUACUUUUCAGCAGCAGAAUACCAUGCCAAGAGAUUACAGGCGUUUAGAAUCUGGCGGCAAGAAGAACUCACACGCAUUAACCAGUCUUUCACUGGAGCUGAAAGGAAAGCUGCUUUGUGUGAACUUCUGGAAAAAGAGACGCAGAUAAUUGCUUCCAUUGGGAGACAUAGAUAUAUCACUUACACAGAGAACCAGGAAGCAGAGAUACAAAGUUUUUUGGAUAAGUGUUCAGCUCCAAAGACAUGGAGAAGAUUUGAUGGCAAAAUAAUUGAGUUGGAUACACAAUUUACCAUCAGAGCCAGAGAGCUGCAAAACAUCUAUAACUGCAUCAUGCUGAAGAAUGUCUCUCACGAUGAGAGGCUGGAUGUACUCUUAACGCUUAAACAUACAGUAAAGGAACAUGAAUGUAAACUGACUCAGGAAAUCCUCGAAUUGAUUGACAGGGAGGUUGACCUUAUGAUGAGAGGAGUCAAACAUCAGAAUCUGGAAGGACUCAGAAAAAGGAUCGCAACACUCUUUUUUCAUUACAUAAAAACACCUCUGUUUAAUCCAGAAGUUGCAAGACACCUUAAGGUCCCUCAGGACCCAUUGAAGUUCUAUAAGAAAAUUUACUUUUGCCACAGUUGCCAGCUCUAUUUGCCUUCUGCAGAGUUUCCUAUAUCAUCCACCUCACACCGCAUUUACCAAUGCCGUCAGUGCAUUAACCUUGAAAAUGAGAGUCAAAAACGAGAAUCAUAUUUAAAGUACAAAUGUUUACUUCAACGGCUCUACUGUUCAGAAGCUGAUUAUGAAGAUGAUUCUGAAAUUGCUUUUCUGAUACAGCUACAAGAUAUUCAGUACCUGACAGAGAACAUCUGGGCAUCCCAGUCUGUGCUCAGUGCUUGGAAGGAUCUCAAUGAUCUGGUCAUGGUCAGAUGGGAUAAGUCUGUGGAAUGGUCUCCCUGGAACUGCAUUCUUCUUACCAAAGAUGAAGGCGCUAUUCAUCUCAAGCUAAAGAGUAUUGAAGAGGGAUAUGAACCCUUGUUUAUUCACAAGAUCAAACACAAACACUUCCUGGCUAAGAACUAUUUUUCUCAAAUUCCGCUACUGGCUUCAUUUUUACUUGAUGAUGGUGAAGUAGAGGAAAUCAGAAAGAAGCAUGAGUCAGAACCAACAACUAAGAUUUUAGAAGUCCAGAGGCCUGGUCCUUAGAAGAUCCAGGACUCUUUGUUUGAUGAUCAGAAUUUUUGUCCACUGCUAAUAGAGUAAUACAGAGGUCACACAAUACAGAAGUAGAAUUUUAUCCUUUUAUUGAUUUUAAUUGUUAUACUGUCAUAAGUUUUAUGGUGAAAACAUCCCCAAUUGCUUUAUUGUUAGAUAGUGUGAAAUUUAAAUAUAAUUUUGUUACUGAAAUAAACAAAGAGAACAUUUUAUUUUUA